AUGAUAGAUACUGUUAAGGAUUAUUUAACCCCGAAAAGAUUCAGUAAUGUUGCGUAUGUAUGUGUAAUUGUUCAUUUCCUUUGUGGGUUGGUAUUUACUGCUGUUACUGCAGCUUUGAGAGCAAGUGCGAUCGGGAAAUUCUCUUGUAUUGUUGAUCCUAAAAGUACGGCCACAUACAAGACCCAGGUCGAUAAGGUGUGUUUUUCGAGAUACGAUCAGGCUUAUACCACUCCUCUACCUCUGUAUGGCUAUGUGUUGCUGAGUAUUAGAUCCACAGUUCCUGUCAGUGUCAUUUAUUCUCUUGUGGUUAGCAAGCGAGUCGAUGAAAUAGAGUCAAGUCAUGAACGACAAAUUAAAGGCGACGCUGAGCACCACGAGCAUGGAGGAAACAGGAGAACUGUGUAUGUUUUUCAUUUCUAUUUUGUCCAACUCGUUCUGCGUUCGUUAUGUGGAAUCAUUUUUACUGUUUUGCAAUAUACGUUUUUCUAUCCCAAUGGUUUUGAUUUGAAAUUCAGCUGUAAUUUACUCCCAGCGGAAGUAACCUCUGUCAGCAACAUAAAUGCACAAAGGAAUGCGAGUCAGUUGAAUAAUACAUCAGUUUCAUGUGAGAAUCCAACAGCCUCAGAAAAAAAGUUAUUUGGUACAAUUGUGUUUGUAAUAAACACUAUUUUCACCUUUGUUAUACUUGUGGAAGUGAUUUUUCUUUCCCAACGUUUUCCAAUCCUCAAUUGUCGCUCUGAACAUAGCUGGAACGGUGAUAUUGAAUUUGUUAAUUCUUAUUUUCUUGGAAAGCGAUAUAUUAAUGUGCCUGAUGAAGUUACACUAACUAGCGUCGAUAAGAACCAACAGGGAUGUAUAGAUAUUUACAAACAACAAAUUUUGAACCUUUCUCGCGUGCACCAGAUAUAA